GUGAUAAUCAUCAAUUCUGCGUUUAUAAGAUAGUCUUUCCACAGGCCAACCGUGCAUUCGCGUUCGUCUACCUGCUCUGCUUCAUAAGGAGCCCAGCUCGGUUAGAACAAGUAGAAACCUUUCUAUCCACAUAGCACUGCUGCUGUGAGAAUGUCUUCAGACACCUCCAAGUACAAAUUGAAUCAUACUAUGAUUCGGGUGAAAGACCCAAAGAAAUCAGUUGAAUUUUACAAAUUCCUUGGCCUCUCCCUGAUCAAUAAAAUUGAGUUUCCCGAGAGCAAAUUCUCACUCUUCUUCCUUGCAUACGACGGCCAACAGUCACUCUCUGGCUCUCGUCACUGGUCUGACAGGAACGGCGUCAUUGAGCUUACUCACAACUACGGGACGGAGAAUGAUCCUUCUUAUGCGGUCACCAAUGGCAACACAGAACCCCACCUCGGAUUUGGUCAUUUCACGAUCUCUGUCGAUAAUCUCGAGCUCGCAUGCAAACGUCUCGAAGAUGCCGGAUAUGAGUUCCAGCAGAAGCUUACACUGGGAUCCAUGCAGAACCAGGCCAUUGUGGAAGAUCCAGACGGAUACUGGGUAGCUAUCAUCCGCAAACAAGAAACGGAUGCAGCCGUUGCACGGUCCGAUCCAUCGACCUAUCGCCUGAACAGUACUAUGCUUAGAGUCAAGGACUCCAAAACAAGCUUGAAAUUUUACCAGGAAAUUUUAGGAAUGACUCUUGUUCGCAUAGUCGAGCGUGAGAGUGGGGACGAAAAAUUCUUCUUUCUCGCCUACCCCACAUCCAAUCCGCCGUUCAAAGAAGGGGCUGCCAAUCCAAUUGCGGAGUGGGAGGGAGUAGUGAAAUUGGCCUGGAAUAACGGAACAGAGAAGCAGGAAGGGAAGGUUUAUCAUGAUGGUAACUCGGAGCCGCAGGGCUUCGGACAUAUCUGCGUGUCAGUGGAUGAUAUAGAUGCUGCCUGUGCUCGUUUGGAGGCGCAAAAUGUGAGCUGGAAAAAGCGUCUGACAGACGGACGCAUGAAAAACGUCGCCUUUGUGCUUGACCCAGACGGAUACUGGGUUGAAAUCAUACAAAACGAGACAUUGAAAAGUCGAAGCCAUUGGUAGAAUGGCAUGGGAUGAGCUCUCGGCCCCGCGCAUCGAGAGUCGAGUUUGGCUAGACCGCUAACCCUCGAUUUACCAUGAAUGGGUGUUAUUUGAGCCAAAAAUCCAAUGCGGGAUCCAAUCGUGAGCUAGAUGGUCAUAAAGCAGUUUGUUAGUAUGCAGAAACCGGAUGUAUUAUCGAUUUUUGUUGCCUGAGAUAAGAGCGAAAGCGCAGCUGGGUAGAGAAGAUGCCAGGCUGAAAUCCCACCCCCACGAAGCAUUAGUUGGGGUCAACAGAAGCGGAUGAGCUCAGGGUGACUAACGCCCAUUAAUCGUCUUAGUUAUCUUCUUUUCUUUC